GCAAAGCGUAACAUUGAUAUUAAUUUUUUCUUCUCAUUGCACAAAUAACUUUAGUAUAAGGAUAAGCUCGUGUUAUUGCGCGCGCAUAAUACUCGAUAUAAAAACCUAAAAUUAUCUUCUCUUUAAAAGAAGAUGUAUUGCGAUAUGACGCAUAUUAUUGUUUUUUCUUUACUUGUUACACAUGACAUAAUUUCCUUGAUGCUUAUUUUUUAAGAGCAGUAAGGAUAGAUUUUAUUUAAGAAUGAUAUGAUUUUUCUUUACCUAUAUUUCUUUUAUUGUAUCGUUAGAAUCCUUUGUGUGUAUUUUUUGUAUUUGUUUCUUGAUAUAUAGCGACGGUUGUUUCGUAAUACUCGUGCCUUUUCACUUUGAACGAAGUGAAAAACACAAACUCAUAAAUAAUAAUCUUAAUUCAUGAUCAGUGAAAAAGUUGAUAGAAAUCCCCUCAUUCUUGCCGCGAGUCAAAAUGUAUUAGCAAGAUUAUAGAUAUCGUUUUACGCCGGGGGACUUUUUACAAAGCGUCUCAGCAAAACCUUGACGUGAGAAUGCAAUAAAUAGUUCGUCGUAAAAAAAAGUUUAUCGUGCACUUUAAUGUGGUUCGAUACUGUCGUAAAUAAUUACGAAGCCUCUUCGACGAUACAAGAAAAUUGCGCCACGCGUAGCGAUGUCUCGUGGCUUCCGGACGAUAAUCGAUAUCGAGGAUCAUUAACGGCAAAUUUCUAUGAGCUGGAAUUGGACGAAAUCAUUAUCAUAAUUAUAAGAAUGUUUGCUCCAAUUAGUCAUAAUUGCAGCUCGACUUCCACGCGUCACGCAUAAGGAAUAAAUAUCAUUGAAGUGUAUUUAUUCCUAGAUGAUCGAAAGAUUUAUCUGUCUCUGCGAUCAAAACGACUGUUUAACAAAAAAUCUACUGAUUACGCACAUAAAAAUAUUUUUGUUCUUCCGAGUCUAUAUAGAAUUACACGAGUCUAAAUUUGGUACAAAAAGAAACACGCAAUAAAAUAACACACAGGUGCAACAAGAUUUGUCAAUAAACCAGAAUUAAUUAAACUUUUCAUUAAAAGUAAAAAUAUUUUGUCACAGAUUUUCGUUAUUUAUUAAUUUUACAAAUAUGAAAAUCAAGAAAUGUCGCUAAAUUUUUCAAGAAAUUUCGUCGAUUUGUGUAAUUAGCACGGAAUUCAUGAUCUCUUUCUGUGAUUCUCUCCACGAUUUUCUAUGGGUAUUAAUUGAUGGCUCAUAAAGUUGAUUGCCUGUUUCAUUCAUUAUAAUCUCAUUUCUUUAAUGUUUGCUAUUUAGCGAAGUUCUAUUUAAAAAUCAACCUUGUUAACGUAAUCAGCACGUUUAAACGCGCGAGCUGCAGAAAUGAUGAACGACGAUAUUAUGGUAUAUCAUUUCUGUAAUUGUUAUAAAAUUAUUUAGUAAUAUUCUCACGUUACAUUAUCUUCAUAAAAGUAAAAAUUGUAUAAUAUCCUCAUGUUAAUAUUAAUGGCUGUAUUUAAAUUGUAUUGAGGCUUUCCAUUCAUUUUUCAUAGAUUAACAAUAACUCUCAUCGCGUUGCCUAAGAUUAUCACGCUUUUUCAAAAUAAAAGAGCGACAAUUUGUUUUAACAUGUAAUAAUUUAAGUGCAAACGGUGUCAAAAUGAUCGAGACGCUUUUCUUUAGCGAUAUCCUCAGAAGACAUUGGAAAAUAUUCCCAGAGAACAGAGUUUCUAUUGGAUUGGACCGGACGUAUUCGGUCGCCGAAGAGAGAAUAUCUUGCAAUCGUAUAUACACAAUCGUUCCAAGUAUAAUCUAUGUACCCCCUCAUCGCGCAAUACUAUUUUUCCUCGAAUCCUUCCACUCGUCGUUUCCUUCCAUCGCACCUUAGCUAAUUCGAGGCGAGCUGCGAUGUUGACGUGCGCGCGAAACUCGCUCGUAGUUCGUUCAUACCUAGAAGCCUGUUUACGCAGAAAUCGCGUCAGUUGCGAGUUACUCUGGUGUGGUCCUCGAUUUCGACCAAGCUCAACUGCAUUUCUCUCCCCACGCCAUGUGACUCGGAACAGCUUCUGGACGUUUCGAGUCGCGUGUGUAUCGACACGUUUCGCAACGUCCAAUUGCACCAGAAGCAUACCACGUCGUCGCAUCGGAAAAUAAGUGUUGUCAUGCUAUCGUUACCGGAAAUCUAUAUGAAUAUUCCACCAGUGCACGAGCUUCGCGUCGCACGCACGUAGCAGGCACGAGCGACAUAUUUUCGGAGUUUCUCUUUUCUUUUUCUCCCUUUCUUUCUUUUUUUUCUUCCGUCUCUCUCCUUCACCGGGCGAGUAUCAUCCGAAUGACAAAGCGACGGCGGAUCGAGAAAAUCGCGCAGGAGAGGAGUGUCCCGGAGAUAUGUCGCGCGACUUAAACUCCUCAUCAUCGCCCUCGGAGUGGCCAUUGGACGACGCGAGGGACGAGUACCUCGCCAGGUGGGAAAUCGCAGUGCUGACCAGCAUAUUCCUCCUCACGGUCAUCGGCAACAUCCUGGUCCUGCUGGCUCUUUACGUCCGGCGACGUUAUCAACGACGAAAGUUCACUCGGAUGUACUUCUUCAUCUUGCACUUGAGCGUGGCCGACCUGUUGACCGGUCUGCUCGAUGUUCUGCCGCAGCUCGCUUGGGACAUAACGUUCAGAUUUCAGGGCGGAGCGGUGCUCUGUAAACUAAUCAAGUUUGGACAGCCUUUCGGCCUGUACCUUAGUUCCUAUAUCCUGACGGUGACCGCGUUUGACAGAUACUAUGCCAUUUGCCACCCCUUCAGUUACUGCGGCGUCACGUCUCAAAGAUCAAAAAUGAUGGUGUACGGGGCAUGGGCGCUCGCUGUUAUACUAUGCGUACCACAGAUUUUUAUAUUCUCGUACAUGGAAAUUGCACCCGACAUUUGGGAGUGUUGGGCCACCUUUUACAUGCCAUAUGGCGAAAGAGCUUAUAUUACUUGGUACAGUGUUACGCAGUUUCUAAUACCUUUUAUAGUGCUCAUAUAUACUUACACAAAAAUAUGUGUAUCGAUAUGGACGAGCAAUAAAAUAUCAGGAAUCGUUGAUUUCAAAAAGGGUAACAAAGCUAACUUCUCUCAGCGAAAUCGAGAUCCUCUUAUCUCCAAGGCGAUGAUCAACACUAUAAAACAGAUGAUCGUUGUGGUUACUUUAUACAUUAUUACCAAUACACCAUUCAUCGGAUGUGAGCUAUGGGCAACGUGGGAUUCUAAAGCUUCCAGUUCGCCGUUUUUCACCGGAGCUGCUUUUACUAUUCUAAGUCUGCUAAAUAGCCUCACGAGUUGCGUUAAUCCUUGGAUUUACUUUGCAUUUAACAAGGAAUUACGUAUGGCGUUGAUAAAUUUUUUAUGCGGAAAGAAAGAUUAUUCGUUGACUUAUGAUAUAGAUGCACGUCAAAAUGCGUCGGAUGUGCUCUCUUCAACACCGUCGUUUAUUUCUAGAAUCUCGCGACUUGCGAGUUCAAAGAUAUUCGGAUAGAGUGGAAAUGAAACAAAGUUUACAUUUUGAAAAGGACUGUUUUGAAUAUAAAGAAUACACUGCGGGAAUGUAGUUGAUGCAUAUAUACAUUCGUGUAAAUCCGUUCGACAUGACAAUGUCGGAACAUGCAAUUUUUUUCUAUAUAAGGACUUUUUAAUAAAAAUUACUUGUACGAAAAACCUAUUUUAAAAAAGGAGGAAAUAGUAACAACAAAGAACUCACUCUUUUAUAAGAAUAUUUCAGAAUACAGCCAGCUUGCGAUUCAGAUA